UAGAACUUGAACUCGUGACGUGAAGUGAUAUCGCAAAUAUUUGAGGAUUCUGAAGAUGGACACCAUUCGCCGAGCUUACAAUACAGUAUUUUAUGAGAGAGCAGAUCCCCGAGUCAAGGACUGGUUUCUGAUGACGUCACCCUGGCCAGUAGCGUCGAUCAUAGCAACAUACUUGGUUUUCAUCAAAGUUAUCCUGCCCAGGUUCAUGAGGGACCGAAGAGCGUACGAGCUGAGGACCAUCAUCAAGUGGUACAAUGUGGUGCAGAUUGUAGCUAAUGCCAUCGUUACUUGGGGGAUAAUGACGUCAGGCUGGACAACCACAUACCACUUCGGGUGCAUGCUCCCGGAUUACUCAAUGAAACCUGAACCUUUACGAAUGCUGCGCUUCCUCUGGUGGACCAUCAUCAUCAAGCUGCUGGAGCUGUGGGAGACAGUGUUCUUCGUUCUGAGAAAGAGAGAGAGGCAGGUGUCAUUCCUGCAUGUAUACCAUCACUGCAGCACGUUGGUCAUUGUGUGGUCAGCCGCCAAGUACGUUGGAGGUGGCAUAACGUCUUUCUCACCGAUGAUAAACAAUGCAGUCCACGUCAUAAUGUACAGCUACUACUUACUGUCCUCUGAAGGAAGCCCUACGAUUAAGGCAUACCUCAUUAGGUACAAGAAGUGGCUCACUAUUAUGCAAAUGAUUCAAUUCACAUUGAUGCUUGUGUACUCUGCGCAAGUAUUUUUGCCGAGUUGCCCUGCACCGCUUGGGGUUACGUUUAUGUACUUUCCAAACGUAAUCUUUGUGUACUACAUGUUCUAUGAAUUCUUCAAACAAAAUUAUCAAAAUGAAAAGGCUAAAUUAACCCUCCGUGUACGAGGUGACUAA